GCGCCCGCCCUUCGCUCCCUGGCUGUGGAGGCGGCGCGGCGCCCCUGGGUCUCCCGGCUGACGGCGAGGGCGACGCCCCCCACCCAAGUGCCCGGCGAUGUUCUCUCGGAGGGGCCACGCCGAUGUCAAGAAGUCCACCCAGAAAGCGCUGGACCCGCGGAAGGACGUCCUGACGCGCCUCAAGCACCUCAGGGCGCUGAUGGAUGCUAUAGAGGGAAGUGAACUUAAACAGUUUUUUGAAAUUAACUAUUCUCAGAUUUAUUUUAUCUUCUAUGAAAAUUUCAUAACACUGGAAACUAGCUUGAAACAAAAAGGGAAUAAGUCACAAAGGGAGGAGCUGGACUCCAUUCUCUUUCUUUUUGAAAAAAUAUUACAACUACUUCCAGAAAGAAUUUUCUAUCGGUGGCAUUUCCACAGCAUAGGUUCAGUUUUGAAGAAACUUUUGCACACUGGAAACUGUCUUAAGAUAAGAUGUGAAGGAAUCAGACUGUUUCUUCUCUGGUUACAAGCUCUCCAGACAAAUUGUGCAGAAGAGCAACUGUUAACCUUUGCUUGCCUCGUUCCUGGUUUUCCUGCAGUGAUGUCUUCACAAGGUCCAUGUACACUCGAUACUCUCAUUAGCCCUCCUCCCAGUCACACUGAUGCAAAGAUUUAUCCUGAAGAAAUAACUCCACUUUUACCACAUGUUUCUGGAGAAAAAACGGCUGAGGACCCAACAUGCUAUUUCCUUCAGCUACUGUUAAAAUAUAUGGUAAUCCAGGCUGCAAGCUUGGAAUGGAAGAAUAAAGAGAACUGUGAUACUGGAUUUAAGUUUCUGUUUGCAUUGUUCAGAAAGUAUUACCUUCCUCACUUAUUUCCCUCUUUUACAAAACUAACCAACGUAUACAAACCUGUGCUUGACAUUCCUGGCCUGCGACCCAAACCAGCGUAUGUUAGUGUAGCUUGUAAUAAUGAAAACAUUUAUAGCACAAAAAUACCAUACAUGACAGCUCGUGUAGCCUUUAUUAAAUGGCUUGUAAACUUCUUUCUGGAAAAGAAGUACUUCACACCAACACAGAAUUCUAAAAAUGGAGGGGACGUUUUGCCCAGAAUCAUUCAAAGUGUGGGCGGUGCAAUUCAAGAUAAAAAUUCUGAAGUAGAGAACAGUGUUGUAUUGGAUCAGGAGAAAAGUCAUUCAACUAAUGGCACGUUGACUGAGAGGAGGCUCAGUGAUUCCAGUUUUUGCAGUAUUGAAGAACAACACCGGGUCGUCUAUGAGAUGGUGCAACAGAUCCUUUUGUCUACACGAGGUUAUGUCAAUUUUGUCAAUGAAGUAUUUCGUCAGGCUUUUUUAUUGCCUUCAUCUGAGAUAUCGUCAACAGAAAAAGUAGUGAAGGUAUAUAGGAAGUGGAUACUCCAAGAGAAGCCUGUGUUCAUGGAAGAACCGGAUAUGAAGGAAACGGUUCAUGAUGAUGACGUCUUAGAUCAUCCAACAGCAGAAACAGAAGGCAAACAUCUUGCAACUGGCCAUUCUGGACAUAAAAGGUCAUCUAGUUGGGGAAGAUCACAUUCCUUCUCUAAUGCGGUUAAUAGAGGGUGUAUAUUAGAAGAUGAAAACAAGAAUGUCAAAGCAGGGCUUCAAGCUACACUACAGGUAUUCUUGACAAACUCUGCAAAUGUAUUUUUAUUGGAACCAUGUACUGAAAUACCUGCACUCCUGAAGGAGCAAGUUGAUGCAUGCAGAGCAGUUUUGAGUAUAUUUAGGCGCAUGAUUAUGGAUCUUCCAAUGAAUAAAAAGACAUGGGAGCAAAUGCUACAGAUACUACUUAAGAUAACAGAAGUUGUCAUGAAUAGAUCAAAAGAGAACCAAGUAAAGGAUACAUUUGCUCAAAGUUUAGCAGGAUUAUUGUUUCGGACACUCAUUGUGGCCUGGGUUCGUGCUAAUCUGAGUGUUUAUAUAUCUCGAGAGCUCUGGGAUGAGUUACUACGUGUGCUGUCAUCCCUUACAGAUUGGGAAGAACUAAUAACUGAAUGGACUAACAUAAUGGAUUCUCUUACAUCUGUUUUGGCAAGGACAGUGUAUGGUGUUGAAAUGACCAAUCUGCCACUGGAUAAGCUAAGUGAGCAAAAAGAGAAAAUACAGCGAGGAAAAGGUGGCAAUUUGGAACCUCAGAAGGGAACUACAGUUGGAAGAUCAUUUUCCUUAAGCUGGAGAAAUCCUGAAGUUGUGGAACCAAUGAGGUUUAGGAGUGCUACCACCUCAGGAGUACCAGGAGUUGAGAAAGCAAGGAAUGUAGUGCGUCAGAGAGCAACAGCUAAGCGAAGUCAGUCUAUCAGCAACUGCGCUCAUCUCUGUGAGGCUUUGCCAGUCACUAAAAGUGUACCUCUACUCCUUCAUACUGUGAGCUCUUUCUUACCUGGUAUCUCUUACACUUCUUACUCUCACACACUUUCAGAAGCUGAAGAAUAUCAACAGUCAGAAAAUGGAACAGGACUUGAAUAUCGCCAGCCAGAAAAUAUAGAAGGAACAGAAUGUAAUGGCACAUUUUCAGACCAAGAACAAUUAACUCGAAGUAGUAGCACCUCGGAUAUUAGAGACCAAAGUAAUUCUGAUGUUUUCCAAGUUAGAAAAACAGAAAGCUCACAGAACUUAACUUUGGAUGCUGAAUGUGUUCAAGGAACUGAGAGGUCCAUGAACAAGGAAAGUACAGCCCAAGAAGCAAGCAACCCUCCAUCUCAAUUAGAUCUCAAAGCAGACAUGCAACAAUCACAUGGAAGUCCCAGAGAAGGAGAACAGAGUGAAAGUGUUAGCAGUGAUACCUCCAUUGGAUACAAUAAUGAAGUAGAUAUCACAUUAGCUCCCUGGCAAACAUGUGAAGAAAACCCUGAUGUCAAUAUCCCAGCUGAUAUUUGCGUUGAUCCUGAUGCGUGCCAGUGGUUGCAUCUGAGUCCUUCAGGUGUCACAAAUUUAACAGACAGCAGUGAGUUUCUUGCUGAUGAUUGCAGUAUAAUUGCUGGUGGGAAUCUCAUAGGCUGGCAUCCUGAUUCUGCUGCUGUGUUAUGGCGAAGAAUAUUGGGAAUUCUUGGAGAUGUGAACUGUAUCCAGUGUCCUAAAAUACACGCCAGAGUUUUUGAGUAUCUCUUUGCGCUAUGGUACAAAUUAGCAAAGAUAAGGGACAAUCUUGCUAUCAGUCUGGAUAACCAAUCCACUCCCUCUCCUCCUACUUUAAUUCCUCCACUCAGAAUAUUUGCAUCGUGGUUGUUCAAGGCUACCACCUUAUCAGAUGAAUAUAAGGAAGGGAAGCUUCAAGCCUACAAACUGAUAUGUGCUAUGAUGGCUAGACGCCAAGAUUUUGUGCCAAAUCCUGACUACCUGGUGCACUUUUAUCUUGUCAUGCAUAUUGGAUUAACUAGUAAAGAUCAGGAUGUUUUAAAUACUGUGAUCAGACACUGUCCCCCCUGCUUUUUCUUCUUGGGUUUACCUGGCUUCACUUUGCUAAUAGGAGACUUCAUAACAGCUGCAUCCAGAGUCCUGAGUACAAACAUGUUGGAGGCCCCACGCUUAGAAGCACAUACCAUUCUUGGUUCUCUGGUUUGCUUUCCUAACCUCUAUCAAGAAAUUCCAUUAUUGCAACCCAUUGCUGAAGCAGAAAUCAUCACAGGAACUACAGGUGUCAAAUGCUACCUCAUAAAUAUUCUUUUGAAGAAUGCUGCAAAUGAACCAAGUGAAGCUUCAAGGUGCUUAGCUCUUUGCUGCCUUGGGCUUUGGAUAUGUGAAGAACUUGUGCAAUGUACAAACCACCCCCAAGUAAAGGAUGCAAUAAAUGUUUUAGGUGUGACACUAAAGUUUUGCAACAAACAGGUAGCACAGGAAGCCUGUGAUGUCUUUCAAUUACUGACCUCCUAUUGGGAAAAUCUUGAGAAAUACAAAUCUUCGCUACCCAGAAAAAUUAUUGAAAUCCUUGUGGCCACAAUUGCCUUUCUGUUGCCUAGUGCAGAAUACUCCUCCGUGGAAGGUGAUAAAAAGUUUAUAGUUUCGUUAUUACUUUGUUUGUUGGACUGGUGUAUGACAUUACCCAUGAAAAUGCUGCUGGAGCCUGUGUUUACUUCAAGUCUUGAAGAUCAACAUUCUUCUAAAGCUCCAUUGCUUGAUUAUAUAUAUAGGGUCCUGCAUAGUUGUGUUCAUGGCUCAAACACAUAUACACAGCAAAGUCAUUACCUUUUAAGCCUUGCAGACCUCUCUAGUGAUAUCUAUGAUCCAUUUUUGCCACUUGGAAAUGUUAGGAAUUCUGAACCCAUGCAGUUUCAGUCUUCUGCGGAUCUGAGCAACUUACUCACUGUUGCUGAAGAGAGGAGGAGGAGGAGUUUGGAAUUAAUACCUUUGACUGCACGAAUGAUAAUGGCACAUCUAGUAAACAAUUUGGGCCAUUAUCCCCUGAAUGGAGGACCUGCUGUUCUUCACAGCCUUAUUAGUGAGAAUCACAACAACUCAUAUGUGGACUCUUCAGAACUGUCUUCUGAAGUUUUCAGAAGCCCAAAUUUACAACUGUUUGCAUUUAAUGACAGUACUCUUAUAUCUUAUCUUCAAAUUCCUUCUGAAAAGGAAAUAGACAAUGAACCAGCAGCAGCAUUCUCAGAAGUAAGAGUAAUUGUUAGAGACAUCUCAGGGAAAUAUUCAUGGGAUGGAAGGCUGAUGCAUGGACCAUUAGCUGGUAGUCUACCAAAUCAAAAUAAAAGAAUAUCCGCUUUAGUUUUGGACAAUCAUAAGCAGAACCUUGAGCCUCCAGUGGACUUCAUUCAAAUAUAUGAAGGAGAAGAUGCUCUUGAUAAAUUGCUAGAGAGGAUUGGCAAUAGUAGUCCUGAGUGCCUUUUACAUCCGCAACUAAAAUUGAAUGAGCCAUCGCCAUCGCCAUAUGUCAUGAACCAUGACCAAGAGAAAAAUAUACUAGAAGCAAUAAUGCAGCAGAGUUGCAUAGAAAAUGAGUAUGCACAUGGAUGCAGUUUCAAUCUCAGUAUGAAAGUCGAAAGUCAAAAGGCACCAAGACCUGCACAGCUCCAAGCACCAUUUCAUUUAUGUAGGCUCUUGCUAAAUGACUUGGGAAUGAAUUCUUGGGACAAAAGAAAAAGCUUUCAUCUACUGAAGAAAAAUUCUAAAUUGUUGAGAGAGCUGAAAAACUUGGACUCGAGGCAAUGCCGGGAAACUCACAAGAUUGCAGUAUUUUACAUUGCUGAAGGACAGGAAGAUAAAUGUUCAAUAUUGUCUAAUUCAAAAGGAAGCCAAGCAUAUGAAGAGUUUGUUGCUGGUCUUGGCUGGGAGGUUGAUCUUUCAACUCACUGUGGAUUUAUGGGGGGCCUUCAGCGUAAUGGCAGCACAGGCCAAACGGCACCAUAUUAUGCUACAUCUACUGCAGAAGUGAUUUUCCAUGUUUCUACACGAAUGCCCUCUGAUUCAGAUGACUCACUGACCAAAAAGCUUCGUCACUUGGGAAAUGAUGAGGUUCAUAUUGUGUGGUCUGAGCACACCAGAAAUUAUCGCAGGGGUAUUAUACCAACAGAUUUUGGAGAUGUUUUAAUUAUUAUUUAUCCAAUGAAGAAUCACAUGUUUUUCAUAGAGAUCACAAAGAAACCAGAGGUACCAUUUUUUGGUCCUUUGUUUGAUGGGGCAAUUGUGGCUGCAAAACUGCUACCCAAUCUUAUCCGGGCCUCGUGCAUCAAUGCCAGCAGAGCUGUGAAGUCCCUUAAAACUCUGUAUCAGAGCUUUUAUGAGGAAAGAGCUCUGUACCUCGAAGCAAUAAUCCACAACCACAAAGAAGCAAUGACAUUUGAGGAUUUUGCUGCUCAGGUCUUCUCUCCCUCUCCCAGUUACUCCCUUAGUGGAUGUGGCUGUCUCACUACAAGUCUGAGUGCUGAUCUUGCCACAUCUGUGGGGACAGAGCCAGCAGAACAGAUGCCACCAACACUGUCAAGUGCCACAAAAAACAAGCUCUCUGGGAAGCUGCGCCGAUCUGCGAGCACUCUCAGUAAAUCUUCAAGUUAAAGCACUUUCAAAGCUGAAAACAAUGUAAGGAGACAUAUACUUUAAGUCUCCUUUCAUUAACUAUAUUCCUGGAACUGGUAAUAUUUGGAUACCGCCUAAUGAACUACAUUUUCAUAUAAAAUUAUGAUUCCUGAAGUUUCAAACUUAACAUUUUCAUGUGGAUCAUCUGAAUUAUGCAACAUGCUUUUCACUUGAUAAUUUCUGCCACUGGAAGCAAUGAAGUCAAGAGCUCUUUUGGCAAGUUUACCAUUUAACUGUAACCCUAUUUUCUUGUUUUACUAGUAGAGAUUGUAGAACUGAAAACCAAUGAAUUUCUUGGUUGUGACAUUUAAAUUGCAUUAUAAUUUGAAAUUUAGUAGGUGGAAUUUUUAGUUUGCUGAUGAAAUGCCAAUUUAGCCAAGUGAUGUACUUUUUAAUUCCCAAUGAUGCCAAUGGGGAGAUGAGAACAUGGUUUACUAAUUCUCUUCUUUUGAAAUCAAUGGAACUUUGCAAAGAGCUUCACUUUGGUUGGAAUGUGUCCAAAAUAUGGAUAGAUGAUUCUGCUUUUCAAUAUAUCUUCAUACACACUAUUUCUUUCCCACUAUUUCUUUCCAAAGACCAUUCUUUUGUGCAUAACUAAGUACACUUCAACAAUAACUGUUCUGAGUAACUGUUAUAAUAUAAACACUGGUAGUAAAAAUAAAAAACAGAAAUAAUGUUGUUUUAUAUACAAGGCAUACAUUACUAGGUCAUUUAAAUCUCACUUUGGGUAAGUUAAAUAUGGCACAUGCCAACUCACUUUCUGUUUCUUAAUAUCAUUCAUGAUAAAAUUGGACCAAAGUUAAAUACUUUCUUACUCCACAUGAUUAGCGUGGUGUGAUUUAAUUAUGUCUAGAAGCACUUGCUACUUGAUCAGUAUAGAAAGACUGCUUGGUUGACCUUCUGGAAAAAUGUGGAUCAAUAUAACGUUUAUCAUGAAAUCAAUCCAGACCAUCCGCAUACAUUAUGAAGAUAAAGCUGGUUCAUGCGGUCUUGAAAUGUGCAGCAGUUCAGGAUCAUGUACCCUCUCACCUUCUUGCUUAGGAUUUCCAGUAUGAUCUAAGGAAAUGUUUAUCCAACUAAGCAAUCAGACCUAGCUGUAUCUGAGCUGUGCUAGUGCAAAACAUCAUUAUUUCCAUGUUAUGCAUGUAGCAAAUCACACUGGUCUUUCCUAUCCAAUUCUUGCCCAGACACUUUGUGUAGAAAAUACUUGUGUGACCAUCCCAUCCCAACCGCAACAUUAAUUGCUGUGGAUUUGGAGGCUCCUCACUCAUUGCAGUACCAAAUUAUGGUGCCCUCUGUGAUUAGGCAUUUUUACCAAGUUGUCACUUUGCUGCAGAUUAGAUGUGGAUAGCUUGAUUUUUCUUCUUUGUUAUUUUGUCAUGAAUUUUGUUUUGUUGCACAUAUUUUCAUGUUGGGGAAAACUGUUCACUAGACAGUGCUUCUAGUUAUUAUAGCUAAUAGCUAACCUCUUUUUCCAUUGGUGUGGAAGGAAAAAACAGUAGUGUCUUAUAUAACAUAUUUCCAAAUACUACUGCUUAUGCUUUCAGAUUGAAAGUAUUCUUAAUUUCGUAUGUGACCUGGAGACUUUGAGAGCUACAUAUCUUUUAGUGACAAACUGAAAAUUUUGCACUACCCAAAGCACUCAGUGAUAAAGGUUUAAGGAUGAAAAAUACAUUUAAAAAUUGCCCCCUGAGAGUAAAUUAGAUUGAAAUAGCUUGAAGCCAUUUUCUCCCAGGCCUGCAAUAUACAUUAAACUUUGCAGUAAAAGUAACACCUUUCAGGAACAACAUUGUUAGGAACUGGUGGUGUGUGGAAUUCUUGCUCUUUUGAAGUCAGCAACCUGAAUCCAGCGUGGCAUCAGUACCACCUGCAGCAAAUGCAAAGCAUUUCUUGACACUGAAAUGAAUACAGCAGCCCUAUUUCUGACUACUAAGGUGCAUGUAUCCGGAAACUUUCAUAGGCUUACUUUGAGCCCACUGCCAUAGUUAUUUAGCUGACUUCAGUCAACUACUGCUAUUCACUGAGAUGAAAAUUAUGUCCUCUUUGGUGGUUCUUAAGUAUUUGUUAAGAGUUUUGAGAUACAUUAGACUGUGAGAUUGAUUUCCUUGGCCAGUAAAAAAAGGGGGGUGCAUCCAAUCGCUGUGACUUCUUUGAUUUGUUAGGUCUGCUUUAAACAAUCUGUAUAUGUGAUGUAGAAUUUGUUUAUUUUUCUCUGUUUAACACUGAAAUGCAAUCUCAAAAUGUGAUGUCCCUAUGUGUAUUUUAAUCGGAAGGGACACCCCCCUGCACCCCACUGACUACAACUCAAACUGUAUGCCCCAGUGGCAACAGUUUGGUGGUGGUGUUAUUUUACUUAAACCUUGUGAAUAUAUUAAUUUACAGUCUACCUAUUUUCAUGUCUGCAAUUAUUUAUUUAUUCUUAGUAAAAAUUGUUUGAAAGCUACUGAUGGCAAUAUUUUAUAGUAGUUAAAACACAAAACUAAUAAUAAAAUCAAGGAAAUAAUGAA